UCUCAUAUGUAGUGUGCAGAUGACUGAAGUUUAAAAGAUUGUAUUUCAUAAAAUUGCCAUGUCUUUGCCGAGGGGCUUCUCCACUGAUGCCGCAUAUUUUGGAGCUGCUGUGGACUUUUUGCAUCGUUAUGCGUGGAUAUAUCGCGAAGCGAACACAUCCUGCCUCAAGUCACUCGAUGAGAUGCCUGCCUAUAUGAAGGACUAUUUCCUGGAAUUAUCAAAUGAGCAGCUUAACAGAUUUCCAUUUGUGCACGAGGCGUUGGAGGACUGCCCCGAGGAGGUGCUACGCUUUCGCCAAGAGAUUGCAAAUUUGACGCCCACUCAAGCAGCUGCCCCAGCUGCAGGCGAAUCGCCCAGAAGAUCCAAGAAAAACAAUUGCAAAAUGUCAAUCAAGAAAUCGCAUGAAAUUGAUAAGUUGGCCUCACACAUACAUGAGCACUGUCUAGACACAAGGGGCAUCAUCGACCUGGGGUCUGGGCUGGGCUACCUGAGCGAGGCGCUGCUCCAGUUGAGUGACAAUUAUCUGAUACUCGGCCUGGAAGCCGAGGAGCAAAGGGUACAAACAGCGCGAGAGAGAACUACGAAUUCCAAUUCGAUUAGCUACGAGCAGCUCCUCAUCACAGCCGACGCCAGCUGCUGUGCUCGCAUUCAGGAGCAUGCAGCUGCGCUGGGGCUGGAGCGGGCGCCCACUGCAAUCGUUGGCCUCCAUGCCUGCGCCGACUUGAGCAUCAGUGCAAUGCUCCUGUUCCUGCGAAUGCCUCAGGUGCGCUGCCUUCACAUUAUGCCCUGCUGCUACCACAAGCUCGCGUUGAGUGAGGAUGGUGCCUCCUUCGUCAACUUUCCGCUGAGCAAAGCUCUGAGGGAAGCCAUGUCAGCUGUUGCCGGUCCAGCUCGCUGCUUCCAUCGACCCUUCCUGCGCUUGGCCUGCCAGCAGACCAAGUCCCGCUGGCAAAGUGACGCCCGGACUCAUGUGGCGCAUGGCAGCCAAAUGUUUCAGCGUGCUGUCGCUGCAGCGCUCUGCGAUGAGGAUGAAACGACCAGAGUCAGGAGGCAAGAGAGGCCACAGACUGACUGCCAAGAUCUGCAGACAUUCGCCAGCAUUCAGCAGAAAUAUCAGCUGCACUCACGGCAAACGGGGCUGGGCCUGGACUGGCGACCCGAGCACGCGCGCCGCUUUGAUGCAAUUAGCCAGGUCUAUGGCCAUGGGCGUGGCGCCCGUCUGGCGGAGGCUUUGACCUGCCUGCAGGCCAGCAUCCAGGUGCUCUGCGAGAAUGUCCUACUGUACGACCGUCUGUGCUACCUGCAGGAGCUGGCUGCAGUGCAGCAAUUGGGGCUGACGGUGCGCUAUGAGAAGUUGUUUGAUGAGAAGCUAUCGCCACGCUGUCACGUUCUGAUUGCCGAAAAGUUGUGAUGCGGGCGGCAGACAGAGAGGGAGAUAGAGGCAGCUAAGGAAGCUACCAGAUGACAUUGUUGCCAAUGCCACUUAAUACAAUUAGCAAGCACUUUGCCGCUAGCUUAACAUAUAUAUAUCUCCAUAUCUCUCCCACUCUCCCUCUGUAGCUCAUGUGGAGAUGGAGUACUCCGGCGUUUACCGCUAUCCGUUGCCAACAAUUAAAAUCAAUGCCAGCUAAGGCAAACUUUUGCUUUGCGCCGACUUAAUUUCUAGCAUUUCUGCAUUCGUCGCUCGCCCAAGAAGGCAUUUCAGGUGUAAGUGCUCCGCCUUUUCGCGCUCAUUACUUGUAUCGGUGCGGGCCUGGCUAUGAUAAUUAAAUUUCUUGUACUACUUACGCCGACAAACGUGCCGCAUACAAACAUAUACAUCACCUGUGCCUGUGCCUGUGCCCCUGCCCGUUGUAUAUAUGUAUGUACAUAAGAGAAAUAUGUCAGCCCGCAGAAAUGCAUUAGCAGCAAUGGAAAUUGCUUUGCUAUGGCCGAGAUUUUUCCGAUGAAA